UCUAUUAUUAUCUUGAGUAUUUAUUGUUUAAAUUGUGAUUCAGCUAACUAUUUGUUGCUGUUGCGGUACAGCUAUGCAAAUGAGAUUCAAAUAGCGUAGUCUUAAUGUCUGCUAUCCAUAUGCAUAUUCGGCAUUCAAAACUUAUUCAAUAUUCAAUAAAAAUAAAAGAAGUCAAAUGUUGGUGUGGAAACGAAAGACAUAACAAAAAGAGCCGUUAAAGACUUACACAUACUACAGCUAAUUAUGUGCAGAAAUAUGCAUAGUAAUUAAGGCAACGCUAUUUAUGAUGCUCAUUGAAAAAAAAUGUUAACAAAAAUCAUCGAAAAUCGAAAAAUUAAGAUCUCAUAAAAAUAUGGAUAAUGUGCGCAAAAAUUGUGCUAGUUUUUUUAGCAGAUCAGUCCAAUGCCAAGGACGCCUCAACAGCUCACCAUUGUCAUUGUAACUGGAGCGAACGUGGCGUAUGCGUAAUGCUUAUUAUUACAAUAUAUACACAUCUGUGAAUCUUGAGUUCAAUAAUGUCAAGUGUUUGACUCAUGAUAAAGAAUAUCUGGAAUACGAAUAUUGUUUUUUGAAAUCAAUAAAUCGCACCUACAAAUACUUUUCGUUAAAGACUAUGAUCCAUCAGUUGCCGGUUCGGAGUGUUAAGGUUGAAUUCAAAAUUAUAAGACGUGACACUCGAAACAUAUUUGAACAGAUAAAGGGCUCUAUUAAUGGCUGCAAAUUUUUGAAAAAUGGCCAAAAUCCAAUUGCCAGGUUUCUAUUCAGUACAUUUGCAUCAUAUUCAAAUAUAAAUCACACAUGUCCCUACAAUCACGAUAUAAUAUUGGAGAAAUUGCCAGUACAAUAUGUGAGCAAUGUGAUACAGAAUUUUAUUCCUGAUGGCCCAUAUUUAUUGAAUAUAUCCUGGUAUACUGAAAAUAUUGCUCGGGCUGAUGUCAUUGUCUACUUUACAAAAUAAUAAUUUAUUUAUUGUCUACUGUACAAAAGACAUACAUCUUUUAUUACAUUUUCUAUCGUUCAAUUCAAUUAUCCAAGUAAAUCCAGUUGC